CAACUUCAACCCAUCACAUCGGCUAUCAGCUCUCCACCUCAUCUCUUCGCCAAUGCUCUCAUCUUCAAAGGACAUGUUCAAGAGUAUCUUGCCAUCGAGGAGGUCCAUCUCCGGCGAGUUCCAGAUGGUCACUGGCCCUGGCGAGACCGCUCCGAACGGCAAGGAGAACUUCCCCAGCGAACCGUCGUCAAGCGAUGCCCAACCUUCCCGCACCGAAAAGAAGAAGAAACGGAAGUCGAAGGACCCGACCAGGGAGGAGCAGGUCGAUCCGGAGGAGUUUGACAAGCUGCUGGACGAAUUACAGGUUCCAGACAAUAUGCGCGGCAAGCUGGCCACGAUGGACAUGAGCGUCAAGGCCGCCUUCCUCAAGUCAUCGCGAGACAUGGCAACCAUGAGGCAGUCGCAGUCCAACUCUCACCACAGCCUGCGUGGGCCCCGGAGAGCCUACAGCAGCGACUCGCUGUCGUCACUGUCUAAGUCGCAGGCCACGUUCUCGCCCCCGGCGGAAGAAAGCAGUCUGCCGCGUUCACCUGAUAGACCACGAUUCAUGAGCAGCAUCAGCCGCGGCGUCUCGAUUGAUGUCGGGCGGCACCCGUUCCUGCACACGUCGGAGCUCACGGCGUCAGUGGUCAGGCUGCCCAUCACGAAGGAGAAGCGGGCGAAGCACGCGAUCGCGACGCCGGCCAAGUGGUGCAAGAUCCUGACGAGCGUCUCGACGGUGCAGCUCGAGGUUGAGACAGUGAAGAAGCUCCGGCUGCUCCUCCGGAAUGAGCCCACACAAUGGACGAAGGAGUUCCUGAAGGAAGGCGGCUACCCGGCGCUGCUGUCCCGCUUGGACGAGAUUCUGAACGUGGAGUGGCGCGAGGAGCAGCAUGACGACCAGAUCCUUCACGAGCUGCUACGAUGCAUCAAGGCACUGUCAACGUCGUCUGUGGGAUGUGCUGCGCUCCGGAGCCAAUGCCCCGAGCCCUAUACACGGCUCGUUACACUCCUGUACUCGGACAAGCGGCCAGGCGAAGUGGGCACUAGGCAGCUCAUCAUUGAGCUGCUGCUGAUCCUGUUCGACCUCUAUCCUCCGUCCUCGUUGCCGUCGAUCGGUAGCCCGAAAGCGGCGUCGAUGAUUAACCUGUCCCGCUCGGCGCCCAUGCCUUGGCAAAGCACGGCGACGCUAGUCACUCCCAGUAACCUCAUCGUGCUGCCGGCACCGCACUCAUCGCUCUUCUCCUUUUUGAAGUCCCUGCUUCUCACGCCUGCACCACGACCGGCCGAAGCGGACAGUCCGCCGGUGGAGCCACACAAAUUCAUCGAAGAACUCCAUCGUCCGCGCAUCUACAAGACGUAUCUUGAGGAGCUUAACAAUAUUUGCAGAGACUAUUUCUGGGUGUUUUGCCAUCCGAACAACACAAUAUGGAUCCUUGGUGAGGUCGAUGAAGGAAAGGUCGAGAAGCCGCGUGCGCCGGGUGGCAUGACGGGUGGUGUCGAGUUUGAGGCGAUGACUUACAUGACCAUACAUUUCAAGUUCCUCAAUGCACUUGCACGAGCGGCGGAAGACCUGCGGCUAGAUCGGAGACUCGAACAUUCUGCGUUCCAAUUACAUUCCGACUUGUUCGCCUCUGGCCUCGAGAAGAUCCUCUUCAUGUCGCGGAAGGCAUCGGCGACGUACUAUCCCACACUGCAUCUCGAGAUCGCUCGCUACGUAGCCGCUGCUGGCCGGUCUGGCUACGAGCUUCCGUGGAACAUCUCCCGGGUCAUGGGUUCCCCUCCAUCAGCCAUGCGCAAGCCGCCUGCACCGCCUCCCAGAGCGCCAAAGCCACUGUCGACGCACAGUAAGUCCGCCUCUAUGAGCGCCUACGCCGGUCCCAGCACUCCGACGAGGGGUAGCUUCCUGACGACCUCGACUCCGGCUCCUACACCAGCUUUGCCGCCUGUGCGCAAGGUGAACCCCAUGUUCGGCUGUUGACUGAACGAUGAUCGAUGACGAUGACGACGAUUUCGAUGCUGAUCACGAACGCUCUGCCGCCUCGGGCUUGGUCUCGGGCGUUAGAGAGCUCACCUCUGGGACUUAUUUACGUACCUCGACUGUAUCUUGCUCAUGACGCGAGUGGUUAUAAUCUGACGCUUUGUCUUGUAUGCUGUACUGCCAGAUCUGACUCUUGCUACUGACGUCGUUCUCCGGCUCUCCGCUGUAUGAUUUGAUACUCCUGACACGCAGACGUUGUGUCGUGCGCUCUGUCCUCGUGUAUUGCUUCUGGAUAACAAUCGCACAUAUUAUAGACCGUCUCGGU